AACUAAAACAUCCUAACGAGUAGAAACAUGGCGUCCACCAACAUGCCGAAGUCCUUGCCACAGCAAGCAAAACAAGAUGAUAGUUUAUCGAAGAUUUACUUGGUGGCUUAUAAUGUUACUCAGAUUUUAGGAUGGAGUGCUAUUAUGUUGGCGCUGGGUAAUCAUUGGAUGACGAACCAGAGCGUAACAGGAGUUUACGAGGAUGUGGCACCACUGCUCAACAUCUUCCAGACAGCAGCUAUUCUGGAGAUAUUCCACUGUGCCGUAGGUCUGGUGCGUUCUAACGUCGUCCUGACAGCAUUCCAAGUCUUUUCUCGUGUUUUCCUUACCUGGGGCAUAGCCUACAGUGUUCCAGAGGUACAGACGAGUAUUGGUGUGUUCAUGUUUAUCUUCGCGUGGACAGUUACAGAAAUCAUACGAUAUUCGUUCUACUUCUCAGGACUGGUUGGAAUGAUCCCUUAUCCAUUACAAUGGUGCAGGUACACAUUUUUCCUGGUGCUGUACCCUAUAGGUGUUUCGGGAGAAUUACUGACUAUCUAUGCCAGCCUGCCGUAUGUUAAGGCGAGCCAGUUGUACUCCAUAUCACUCCCCAACAGUGCCAAUCUGUCCUUUAACUAUUACUACUUCCUUAUAUGUGCCAUGCUCACCUACAUUCCUGUAUUUCCACAACUUUUCAUGCAUAUGGUGGCUCAACGGAGAAAAGUCAUUGGUGGAGCCAGUAAAAAGAAAGAAUGAUAUCAAAGCACCCUAGAGGAGAAUUCCAGAUUUCCUUUAAUAACCAGAGAUGUUCAUUCUUGGUUGGAAUACAAUCAAUAUCUUUGUUGUACAUGACAUUGUAUUAAUGGUAAUUGGAGUACUAUGUUGUACACAUUUAGGUGUACAUAGUCCUGUUAUUACUUGUAAUAGGUUGUUACAAAUGUUAUCUUAAUCAUAAUAGUUUCAGUAAUAGAAUUAAAUGUUGACAAUCAAUGUCACAGUUUUUGUUACCCGAUUGAACCAGUGAUAACUCCCAGUACUUCAUAUAAGGUCCAUGAUAUCAGCAAGAUAGCAUCUUAUAGGAUAAUACAGGGCUUUUUCUCACUGGUUUGGGAUGGGGCCUUUUUGUCUCAUUUUGGGAAGAAAAUAGGUGAAUUGGGAAAAAAAAUUUCAGGAGUAAACUGCAAAUUUUAGGAAUUUGGCUUUAAAAUGAAAUAAUUCCAAUUGGGAAUGGGGCCCAUUAACGGCCCCAAAAAGCCCUCAGAAAAAGCCCUAUACAAGGAACCAUACAAGAAUACCACUACACUGUUGAAUUUGUAUUUUUAAAGCCGGUCUAUAAAGGGCACCUGUAUAUGAAAAUCUGUCUAUAAAGGGCACCUGUGUAUGAAAAUCUGUCUAUAAAGGGCACCUGUGUAUGAAAACCUGUCUA